UUUUCCUGUAGACAAUCCUGUGUGAGUGCAUCUACUCUAAAUAUCACUUUUUACACAGAAUGGUGUCAUGACAAUGGAAACAACUACCGCAUUGGUGAAAAGUGGGAGCGACGGGCAGAAAACGGUCACUUGAUGAGCUGCACUUGUUUGGGCAAUGGCAAAGGAGAGUUCAAGUGUGAACCACAUGAGUCCAUAUGUUACGAUGACGGAAAGAUGUAUCAGGUUGGAAACCAGUGGCAGAAAGAAUACUUAGGGGCCAUUUGCACUUGCACAUGCUAUGGCGGACAGCAGGGCUGGCGAUGUGAGAACUGCAGAAGGCCUGGUGCUGAGAUAAGCUCUGACCUGCUCAAACCUGUCCGCUUAAACACUGGCCAGAGAAUGAACAUUCAGUGCCCCAUUGAAUGUCUCCGACCUGAGCUUCUUGCAGAUGCUGUGGCCAACGCCAAACCCAGAGAGUAAAAUUGUUUCUGACCAAACUGCACCAUGACCUUCUGCCCCCCUCAUGCAUCAUUUCAUUGGGACAUGUAAUAAAGAUGUGAUUUUAUAUGAGAACAUACUAAUCACAUACUGCUUUAAAAUCUCCCAGUUUAUGUCAUGUCUCCACUGCCGUCCAGUUGUGAUGCCAUAGCAACAGCUGCAUUUAUUCACAGCCUUUGAUUGGCUGUUGUUUGGUUGAGGAAUUUCAAUGGCUUUUACAUUUUUGUUUGCUAGUGUUUUAUACAUCCAUUAAAAAAAAUUACUGCAAUGUCAAAAGAUAUUUCUUAUUGCAGUCAGUUAAACCCAUUUGUUGAUACCAAAACUAUAACGGGAAAGUGCAUUUUCUCUGUUAAUAUGUGAAGAGAUUUUUUUUAUAUAUAUAUAUAUAUAUACAGCUUUCUAAUCAAUUAAAUUUACAAUAAACUACCUUACCAUUAUUGUUAGAGGUUUUCAGUCUUUAUUAUUUGAUAUAGAGGCAAUUAUGAGACAGAAGUAAAAACAAGCACUGUUUUAUAAGAAUGUUAGAACACCACUGGGGGUACACUGAGGUACCAAAAAUUAAGUCUCAAUGGGUCUUUUAUGUGUUUUUUUUUUUUCAACAUGGCUCAUUGAUUAUUUAGAGUCAGCACUGUUUUUAGAUAGAUACACAUUUUAAUUUUCUAAAUUCUUUGACUAUUUAUCCCCUUAAUUCAGAAGUGUUUGGAUUGUAUAGAAUUUGUCUCAUUUGAUUGUCAUUGUUCUACACCAGUUCUCACUACUGUUAAAUCCAUUUUCUGAUAUAUUGCAAGACUUAUGAAAAAUUGUAUUUAUACAAUGUCACUCAAAACUAAUUAUUUUGGAACUAGGUUCUAAAGUAAACAAGCCUUGCAAAAAGCAUGUCAACAAAUGCAAAUAAACCCUUGAUGGAAUC